GACAGGGCUGCCAGACAGCAGCAUGUUUAGUACUUUGUAACCCUUGUCAAAUACGGUCAUACGACUGCAAAAAUAUAAAUAAAACUGGAGUUGACCGUAUUUCCACGCUUAGAUAAAUAAAUUAGCGCAAUGCCAAAGUAUUAUUGCGACUACUGCGACACGUACUUGACCCACGACUCGCCCUCCGUGCGGAAAACCCACUGCACAGGCCGCAAGCACCGCGACAAUGUGAAGUUCUACUACCAAAAGUGGAUGGAGGAACAGGCCCAGCAUUUGAUUGACGCCACCACCGCCGCCUUCAAAGCGGGCAAGAUCACCAACAAUCCGUUUGCGGGAGGGCCAGGAGGGGCGCCUCAGAAGCCGGCGGGCGUGUCCAUUCCGCCGCCCAACAUGGGAGCUCCUCCGCGUCCGGGAAUGCCUGGAAUGCCAUACAUGCCUCCACUGAUGAACCCAAUGAUGGGCAUGCGACCGCCACCGAUCAUGAAUCCCAUGGCCAUGAUGGGACCACCGCCUCCACUGGGCACUAUACCCGGCGUCCGUCCAGGAAUCAUGAACGGACCCAAGUGAACGCCCUCAGGAACAGCAUCCUAAUUCGGAGCACAGAAGGAGUGCCCCCCUUGAGAUGUCCUAAUUAAGCCGUAGCAUUUAAGUAAGCCCAAUAACGAGAACUUAUAUACAUUUAUAUAAAGAAAGUUGACUCAACAA